AUGUUUGGGAUUCAGGAAAGCAUCCAGCGGAGUGGGAGCAGCAUGAAGGAAGAGCCCCUCGGCGCGGGGAUGAACGCGGUGCGGACGUGGAUGCAGGGAGCCGGCGUCCUGGACGCCAGCACGGCCGCUCAGAGCGGAGUGGGUCUGGCCCGGGCUCACUUCGAGAAGCAGCCUCCUUCCAACCUGAGGAAAUCCAACUUUUUCCACUUCGUCCUGGCUCUGUACGACCGGCAGGGGCAGCCCGUGGAGAUCGAGCGCACCGCCUUCGUGGGCUUCGUGGAGAAGGAGAAGGAAGCCAACAGCGAAAAGACCAACAACGGGAUCCACUACCGCCUGCAGCUGCUCUACAGCAAUGGGAUCAGGACGGAGCAGGAUUUCUACGUCCGACUCAUCGACUCCAUGACCAAGCAGGCGAUAGUAUAUGAAGGCCAAGACAAGAACCCAGAAAUGUGCCGAGUUCUGCUCACGCAUGAAAUAAUGUGCAGCCGCUGUUGUGACAAGAAAAGCUGUGGCAACAGAAAUGAGACUCCAUCAGAUCCAGUGAUAAUUGACAGGUUCUUCUUGAAAUUUUUCCUCAAAUGUAACCAAAAUUGCCUAAAAAAUGCAGGAAACCCUCGAGACAUGCGUCGAUUCCAGGUUGUGGUGUCUACGACAGUCAAUGUUGAUGGCCAUGUGUUGGCAGUGUCGGACAAUAUGUUUGUACACAACAAUUCCAAGCACGGGCGGAGAGCUCGAAGACUCGAUCCCUCGGAAGGUACGCCUUCUUAUCUGGAACAUGCUACACCAUGUAUCAAAGCCAUCAGUCCAAGUGAAGGAUGGACUACAGGAGGUGCCACUGUCAUCAUCAUAGGAGACAAUUUCUUUGAUGGGUUACAGGUCAUAUUCGGCACCAUGCUGGUUUGGAGUGAGCUGAUUACUCCUCAUGCCAUCCGCGUACAGACGCCUCCCCGACAUAUCCCAGGGGUUGUAGAAGUCACAUUGUCCUACAAGUCUAAGCAGUUUUGCAAGGGAACGCCUGGCAGAUUCAUUUACACAGCUCUGAACGAACCCACCAUUGACUAUGGUUUCCAAAGGUUACAGAAGGUUAUCCCCCGGCACCCUGGUGACCCCGAACGCUUGCCAAAGGAAGUAAUACUUAAGAGGGCUGCUGAUUUAGUAGAAGCACUCUAUGGUAUGCCACAUAAUAACCAGGAAAUAAUCCUGAAAAGAGCAGCAGACAUAGCAGAAGCACUCUACAGUGUCCCCCGCAAUCACAACCAGCUCCCUGCCCUUGCUAACACGUCAGUCCAUGCAGGAAUGAUGGGAGUGAAUUCCUUUAGUGGUCAACUAGCUGUCAAUGUUUCCGAAGCCUCACAAGCCACCAAUCAGGUCGGUUUUACUCGCAAUUCAAGCAGUGUGUCACCUCACGGCUAUGUGCCAAGCACCACCCCUCAGCAGACAAAUUAUAACUCUGUCACAACAAGCAUGAAUGGCUAUGGGAAUGCUGGAAUGUCAAAUUUAGGCGGUUCUCCAACCUUCCUGAAUGGAUCUGCUGCCAAUUCUCCCUAUGCCAUUGUGCCAUCAAGUCCGACAAUGGCCUCCUCCACUAGCCUCCCCUCAAACUGUAGCAGUUCCUCUGGGAUUUUCUCCUUCUCACCAGCCAACAUGGUCUCAGCGGUGAAACAGAAGAGUGCUUUUGCGCCUGUCGUGAGACCGCAAACUUCUCCUCCUCCCACCUGCACCAGCACCAAUGGCAAUAGCCUGCAAGCUAUAUCUGGCAUGAUUGUUCCCCCCAUGUGAAAGAAUUGCCUUGAAGAAUUUUAUUAAUGAAGAGGUUGAAUUCUACUUCAGAAAGAAUCUGAUACAAGUCCCAGAGUGGAACUUUUUACUCAGGCCUUUUUAAAAAUAAAAAAGAAAUAAAGAAGAAUCUUACAAUAACUGCGGAUUUUUAAACAAAACAAAAAUCACCAUCCUUGCAAAUACUGAAAUUAACAAUCUGCAAUUGCAAGGUGUUGAUUCAAGUUGUCCAUCCCAAAUACCUGGGAGAUAUAUUUAUUGUAUGUUGAUAAAAAAUCCACUU